AAUCAGUGCUACAACAAACAGAAUCAGUGCUACAACAAACAGAAUCAGGUCCAUUAGUUUCUGAGGAAGAUCUCUGCCAGAUGGAUGAGCCAAUACAGCAGAAUGUGAGAGCACCUGAGGGUCAACAAGAUGAAGCGGUCAGUUGCUCAAGUCUUUAGAACCUGAAUCUUCUGCUAGUAAUGUGCCAAGUCCUACAACAUCUAAGCAUUAAUACUUGUAUGGAAGACAUUGAAGUCUGUAUUGUUGUAUAAAGAUUCACCAUCAAGGCUGUCCAGAAAUAAGGUAUUAAACUUUUCAGUUCUAUAUUCUGACAUUGCAUUAUGAUGCUAGGACAGUAUCCUUUGGCAUCAUAUACCCAUAGAAAUGAUUGGUCAAUCAUACGGAAAAUGUUAAGUUUUUUAUCUUUUAUCUAUCUUUGUUUAUCCUCUAAUCAAAAUUCAAGAACAUUUGUGACCCGUUCUCAUGAAAGGAUAGAUAAGUCCCUGGAACCAAUCCAAGCCAAAAGGGUUUUUAGACGAUUGGGUCUACCUGGGUCAAAAUGAUAUUCUUGAAUUAGAUUAUCCAAUUUUAAAUCUUUAUUGUAGUGAUAUCUUUGUUUUAUUUAACAUAGAAAUGUUUUUUUAAAUAAUUAUUUUAAUUACCAUGCUAUUAAAUAAUUUUGUCCCUAAAAAUAAAGCUUUUCAAAGCGUAUCUUAAUUUAAUACCCUGCACGGUGCCCCUGCACGGUGCCCCAUCAUUGUAUACAUCAAUCCAAAGGGCGGGAAGUCCUUUUCUUCUUGAAGUAAACUAUUUUUGAAAAGAACAAGAAAACUUUAAACCCCUUUUUCUAUAAACUUUACUUUUUUACGGCUGAACACUUCAAAGUGUGACAGAACAUUGAUAAAGUGGAGUUUUGUUAUUCAUUUGGUUACUUACUUACCUAUGCCUAGGUAUGUGAAGGACUCCACUUCUUCCAGUGCCUUUCCUGCCAGGUACGGUGACCAAAUUAAAGCCUGUUCAAAGCUUUUGACAAAACUCCGAAUGUUGAAGAAAACGAAACAAAUUAUCAAUCUUUUUCCGAGGACAGGUCACGUUUGAGUCAUUCUAAUAAAUGUCCAGCAAGGGUUGGAUAUUUGGAGAUGUUUGGACCCUCCCAGCAAGGGUUGGAUAUUUGGAGAUGUUUGGACCCUCCCAGCAAGGGUUGGGUAUUUGGAGAUGUUUGGACCCUCCCAGCAAGGGUUAGAUAUUUGGAGAUGUUUGGACCCUCCCAGCAAGGGUUGGAUAUUUGGAGAUGUUUGGUUGUUACAGAAGUGACUCAUCGUGUCAGGGAUUCUCAAGUCCUGAAAGUAAAACUUGUUGAAAAUGUCUAGAAUUGUGUAUUUGAUACCAUUUGAUGGGUUCAAAGGUUAGCUUGAGGACAAGGAACUGUUGGACACGAGAUUUGUCUACAGCUCCCAGCAAUAUUAUUGAUUUUUUUUAACUUUUAGACCUGCAGAAUAUUAUGUCUUAUAUUUAUUUUGAAAUGACUGAUAUCCAAAUUAUGUGCCUUAUAAUAUCUCAUGAUUAUUGGUGUCAGUGAUUAUUGGUGUCAGGGAUUAUUGGUGUAAGAUCAUACAGACAGUCCAUUUACACAUUAACAGUCAUACAUACAUCAUUGUACAGAGAGUCCAUUUGCACUGGCACAGUCAUACAUACAUCAUUGUAUCACACUUUGUACCAGUUCCACUAGACCAGAUCAACACAUUCUUAUCCUAAUACAUUCAACUGUACCAUUGCAGUAUCAGGCAUACUAUCCUAAUACAAUCAUUGUACCAUUGUAGUAUCAGCCAUACUAUCCUAAUUAUGUACCAAAAAGCAAUGGGGAUUUUUAUCAGAUUUCCUUUUAUCCAAAUCUAUGUUUUUUUUUAAAUUUCAUUAUUUAAAAGGAGAAUUGUUUGAAGCUCCAUAUGCUGGUUGUAUGUUGAAUACAUGACAAGCAAUCAAAGAGUUCUAUAUGCUGGUUGUAUGUUGAAUACAUGACAAGCAAUCAAAGAGUUCCAUAUGCUGGUUGUAUAUUGUAAGGAAACCUUGCUUACUCUCUGCUAUCUUCAUCUAGAUCUGGUACUCAAUAAGGAAACAACUCCGGCGAUAACAUUUAAACUCGUGUUCUUUAUUGGGCUGUCACUUUGCUUACACUUUCACUCAUCUCACAACUCUGACUUCUCCCUGCUAUCUAGUUCUCAGUCCGGCCGCCUUCUAAAAGAGCAAAACAAAGACUCAUGCUCAUGUGAUCUUCCUCACCCCCCUCAAGGUCCAGUUCAGAUUUGUCAUUUAUUUGCUGUUUUUUUCUCCAGGGUUAUUGGUUCUUGCAGCUUUGUUUCCACCAAAGACUUCUCUCUCUUCUCAUCUUGGCUUUCAUUUUGUAUGGCAGUUAUGGUACUAGGUUGACUUUUAAUAGCAUCUAGAGAUGUUUCUGUAUCGCCUCCUUCUAAAAGAGCAAAACAACGACUCAUGCUCAUGUGAUCUUCCUCACCCCCCUCAAGGUCCAGUUCAGAUUUGUCAUUUAUUUGCUGUUUUUUCUCCAGGGUUAUUGGUUCUUGCAGCUUUGUUUCCACCAAAGACUUCUCUCUCUUCUCAUCUUGGCUUUCAUUUUGUAUGGCAGUUAUGGUACUAGGUUGACUUUUAAUAGCAUCUAGAGAUGUUUCUGUAUCGCCUCCUUCUAAAAGAGCAAAACAAAGACUCAUGCUCAUGUGAUCUUCCUCACCCCCCUCAAGGUCCAGUUCAGAUUUGUCAUUUAUUUGCUGUUUUUUUCUCCAGGGUUAUUGGUUCUUGCAGCUUUGUUUCCACCAAAGACUUCUCUCUCUUCUCAUCUUGGCUUUCAUUUUGUAUGGCAGUUAUGGUACUAGGUUGACUUUUAAUAGCAUCUAGAGAUGUUUCUGUAUCGCCUCCUUCUAAAAGAGCAAAACAAAGACUCAUGCUCAUGUGAUCUUCCUCACCCCCCUCAAGGUCCAGUUCAGAUUUGUCAUUUAUUUGCUGUUUUUUCUCCAGGGUUAUUGGUUCUUGCAGCUUUGUUUCCACCAAAGACUUCUCUCUCUUCUCAUCUUGGCUUUCAUUUUGUAUGGCAGUUAUGGUACUAGGUUGACUUUUAAUAGCAUCUAGAGAUGUUUCUGUAUCGCCUCCUUCUAAAAGAGCAAAACAACGACUCAUGCUCAUGUGAUCUUCCUCACCCCCCUCAAGGUCCAGUUCAGAUUUGUAAUUUAUUUGCUGUUUUUUCUCCAGGGUUAUUGAUUCUUGCACCUUUGUUUCCACCAAAAUAUUGAAUACAUGACAAGCAAUCCAAGAGCUCCAUAAGCUGGUUGUAUAUUGAAUACAUGAGGAGAAAUCAAAACUGACUUAACCAUUUUUUUCUUGAUCAGUAUUUGUUUGUUCUAUAGAAUUUGAUACCAUAUUUAUUGGUUCUAUUUUAAACCACAUCAUCUUAAAUACAUUUUUGAACUGAAAAAUUAAGUCAAUGAACUAAAUAAUGUUGGAGGACAGAUUAUAUAUUUUUUAACUAGUUGUUGUAAUGUAAUGCUGGUCCUCUUAGGACAGAUCACAUUUAGGACUAUUUUAUGCUCAUGUUAAAAUUAAUAGAUUUCCUUCAACAUAUUUCUUUUACUUUUUAGUUCUGAAUGUUAAAAUUAUUAUAGAUUAAAAUAGAUAGUUGUUAAAGACUUCUAGAUGAAUAGUUUUAAUAUAGCAAUCGAUAAACAGUUUUUAAAAAAAAA